CCAGCAGUACCCUUUAGUCGUCUCCUCGACUCGUAUGUCUCCGUGUCAAAGUUGUUUGUUUUAGGAUACUGAAGGGACCAAUAUCUAAUUAUGGGGAGUGAGCCAGGCCCAAUUCAAAUUGUUACAGUGUGCAAGGAGGAUCAUUCCUUUGCUUUGGACACAGAGGCUUUGGGACGAGUUCUUCUGGCUCCCGAGGUUAGAGACAAGCGUGUGGUGGUGCUGUCAGUAGCUGGGGCCUUCCGGAAGGGGAAGAGCUUCUUGCUUGACUUUAUGCUUCGUUACAUGUAUAGGAAGGAUAAUGAGGACUGGCUGGGUAAGGAGGAUGAGCCCUUGACCGGAUUUUCAUGGAGAGGUGGCUCAGAACCAGAGACAACAGGCAUCCAGCUGUGGAGUGAGGUUUUCCUUGUUCGCAAGAGUGAUGGAGAACAGGUGGCUGUAGUCCUGAUGGACACUCAGGGAGCCUUUGAUAACCAGUCCACUGUGAAAGACUGUGCCACCAUCUUUGCCCUGAGCACCAUGACCAGCUCUAUACAGAUCUACAAUCUUUCCCAGAACAUACAAGAGGAUGAUCUGCAGCAGCUGCAGCUGUUUACAGAGUAUGGUCGCCUUGCCAUGGAUGAAAUCUUUCUGAAGCCCUUUCAGUCUCUGAUGUUCCUGAUCAGGGAUUGGAGCUUUCCUUAUGAAUACAGCUAUGGCUUGAAAGGAGGCAGUGCAUUUCUGGAAAAACGUUUACAGGUUAAGGAGUCCCAACAUGAGGAGCUGCAGACGGUGAGGGAGCACAUCCAUUCUUGCUUCGCCAACAUCUCCUGUUUCCUGUUGCCUCAUCCUGGAUUGAAGGUCGCCACCAGCCCUGCUUUCCAGGGACAACUGAGUGAUGUGGCACCAGAGUUCAAAGAGGAGCUGCGGAACCUCAUCACAACUCUCUUGCACUCGGACAGACUGGCUGAGAAAGAAAUCAAUGGCAACAUAGUCACUUGCCGGGGCUUGCUCGAGUUCUUCAAGGCGUACAUCAAGAUUUACCAGGGAGAAGACUUGCCACACCCAAAGUCCAUGCUUCUGGCGACAGCAGAGGCCAAUAAUCUUGCAGCAGUGGCAGCGGCUAAAGACCAAUAUUACAAGAACAUGGAGAAGGUUUGCGGUGGAGACCUUCCGUAUGUUGCUCCUGACUCCCUAGAGGAGAAACACCACUUUUUCUUUAGAGAGUCUCUUUAUUCCUUUUCGUCCACCAAGAAGAUGGGUGGACAGGAGUUUUGUGAUCGUUACCAAGAGCAGCUGGAAACGGAGCUGUGCGAAAUGUGGGAAUCAUUCAGCAAGCACAAUGAGUCAAAGAAUGUCUUCAGUGCGUUCCGAACACCUGCGGUGCUGUUUGUCCUCGUGUGCAUCCUGUAUGUGCUGUCGGGCCUGUUGCUCUUCAUCGGCCUAUACACCGUUGCUUUCGCAUGUGACUGUGCCUUGGGUCUCGCCAUGAUCGCCAUGUUGACUUGGGCCUUCAUCCGCUACUCGGGUCGAUACCGAAAUGUGGGAGGAGCCAUUGACCAAGCUGCAGGUGUCCUCCUGGAGCAGGCAACUGUGGUGUUGAACAAGUCCAGAGGGUUCAGCACUCCUGAGCAGAAGAAAUCCAGUUAGAGGACUCCUGAGCCUUCAUAAUCUUGAUUCAGUGCAAACGACGUAACAUGAGCACACACUCAGCACUAAAGCCUUAUCACGCCUCACUUGGAAUAGACAUGCAACGAAACAGCACGACAUUUGAACAGGGUAAACAUAUGUACCAGCAUCUCCAUAGAAUCUAAAAUAUUUUGUCUAUAACAAACUUACUUUUUUUUAAGCUAGCAGCUGUUUUUCACAGUUUUGUUAUCUUAAUCUGACAUGACUAUACUUGUAUGUCUUUACCAUCGGUCUUAAUAGAAAACCCAUUUUUGUUUACAUAGAAAUAUAUAAGUAAAAAUGUUUAUUUUGAAACUUUGAAGGAAUGCAUCAUAUUCCGUUAUUAAGGACCGUUUUUAAGUCAGGGUUAGUCGGGUUGUUUCUCGAUCGUACAGAGCUUCAGCAGAAUACUUAUAGAAAUAACUAUAAUAUGUAGUCUUUAUUGCAUAUGCAUUAUAUGUCUUUACUUUAUGGUUACAUUUUUAGCACUUUGUGGCCUUAAAUACAUUCCAUUCGAUAUUGUGUUUUGCAGCAAGUGUUUGAUAUUGACUAGCAUUUUAUAAAGCGAGGAUGAAUGGCACUUUUCUAUACAACACAUGAUCUCUUCACCUGUCUUAUUUACGAAGCCACAUUUUGUGGGAACGCAGAUGAUGUUGCAUUAUUGUUGUGAAUUCCAGAUGCUUGGCUGCUUAAUAGCUGGUAGAAAUAUGUUAAAGUUUCUAUAUUUUGUUGAUCCGAGCUGUAGUCCUGGAUAAUUAUUAAGUAAGAGUGUGUCUUCUGUUUUAAAAUCUGCAAGUUCCAAAGAUCGGACUAGCCAGCCAAAGACGAAGCUGUAUAUAGAGAGGAUUUUGAUAGCUAUGACGUCACGUAUAUUUUGCCUUGUACCUUUCCACUUUGAAAAUCAAAUGUAAAAAAUACAGCCAGUAGGGGGCGUCCGGGUAGCGUAGUGGUAUAUUCUGUUGCCUACCGACAUGGGGCUCGCCGGAUCAAAUCCCUGUGUUACCUCCGGCUUGGUCGGGCGUCCCUACAGACACAAUUGGCCGUGUCUGCCGGUGGGAAGCCGGAUGUGGGUAUGUGUCCUGGUUGCUGCACUAGCGCCUCCUCUGGUUGGUCGGGACGCCUGUUCAGGGGGGAGGGGGAACUGGGGGGAAUAGCGUGAUUCUCCCACGCGCUAUGUUCCCCUGGCAAAACUCCUCACUGUCAGGUGAAAAGAAGCAGCUGGCGACUCCACAUGUAUCGAAGGAGGCAUGUGGUAGUCUGCAGCCCUCCCGGAUCAGCAGAGGGGGUGGAGCAGUGACCAGGACGGCUCGGAAGAGCGGGGUAAUUGGCCGGGUACAAUUGGGGAGAAAGGGGGGGUAAAAAAAGAAAAUGCAGCCAGUCUACUUUUAGUGUUUUCAUUCUUAUCAAAUGUUAAAAAAAUGUACUUGUAGUGUUGCAUUCUUAAACCCAAAGCGGGAUUUCUUUAUUUUUCUUUAUCGUUGAAACAUCACAAGUGAUAUAAAUACCCCAAACAAUGAACCGUCAGAUUAAAACUGAUAUAGAGACAUGAAUUUUGUUGAAAUUGCGCAGCAAAUCAUGACAAGUUUCUGUGGUACCCCCCCCCCCCCUUUUAUGUGCGGACAGCCAUGUUUAUGGUGCCAUAAGAAUGAAGGCUGAUUUAAAAUCAUCAAAGUAGAUGCGUCGGCAAAAAUAUUAACAUGCAAUGAUUUUUGGGAAGUUUUCACUGUAGAAACAUUUGUAUCAUUAUCUUACUGAGAAGGACUCUUCCAAGCUAAUACCAACAGUUGGUUGCUUUUCAGUAUAUCCCAGAAGAGAAUGAUCUGUGGACUGCAUCCUGAUCUAAAUUACUCUUAAUGCUGUAUACACCUCAUGAAUUGCCAAUUGACCGUUUGUGAGAGGAAUUUCAGCCAUAGAAGGCCGGGUUUCAAUUUGUCUGUUAUUAAUUAUUCUUCACUUCACACAAUGGUUUUUAUGUUUGUGUUCCUAAAAAGGCAUCCGAAACAAAUCUAUGCCUUUUCAGCAUGUGCAGAAUAAAUCUGACGAAGUGACGGUAAAACAAGACAAGAACAUUUCAAUCCAAAGCCUCAAAACUUUGCUGCCUUGCAGGGCUAAGUCUGGCUAGUGGGCCUCCAGACCAUGUUUGAAUUAUUUUCUGCCCCCGGAAUAAAGGACACCCGUUAUUUUCAACCAUGCCAAAGUGAGCAAAUCCUCUUUGCACAUUUUUCAAUGUGAACAGAAUCGUGGAAAAAUAUGAGAUCGGAGAAGUUGAACUGAAACAAAUAUCUGGAAUGUGAAAAUGUUGCGGUGUUUAACAUUCCUGAAAUAAAGAUUUUGGUCAUGUUUGUAUUGCAGGCUUCUCAGUUAUUGGAUGUAAACUAUUUUGCAUAACAUUACAAAUGAUUGUGAUGUCGAUUUAGCUGAAUGCACAUUUUUAAGAAGUGUUCACCUAUGUAAAUGCCAUCAGUGGAAAAUUGUGUCAUAUCCUCAUCAGUUUACAGGGACUUAAUGUGGAUACAGUUGGGGGGAAAAAGAUGCCCUCAAAAAUGUACAUUCACGACUGAGCUUCAUGUUGCACAAUGCAUUUCUGUAUUCCUUCCCAAAUAAAAAAAAUAUAUUUAUAGAUGUUUUAAAGCAUUAGCAUUGCACUCUUCCUUCUUGUUUUUAUUUUGACAUAUAACACAGUCCAAGUAAAACAUACAUGAAGUAAUACUGCUUUGGUCUUUUUUCUUUUCUUUUUUUUUGUAAGCACACAGUGGCCUUGAUUUGUGUGAUGAUUAAACGUCAU